AUGUCAAAAGAAUAAAAAUUCAAUAAUAAACAUCUUAAAAGAAUUCAAUUAUAAUCCUUAUAAGAAUAUCAAUAACAAUCAAUUGUUUAAAAUAACUUUAUGAAUAAUAAAUUCAAAAUAGAAAAUGAACAUUAAGAAAGUGAUUAAGAAAUUAUAGAUUUUCCAAAAUAAAAUUUAGUAAAUCAAUUUAAAUAAUAAUAAAUAACCAAUAUUAAAUCCUAAUUAAAAUAGAUAAUAAUAUCCAAAAUACCUUUUCCUUAGUUUUUAGCGUUCAUUAAAAUAACAGAGAGAAAAGCUUAAAUCAAUUAUAAAACAAAAUUAGUUACUUCAUUAAAUCAUAUUUUAUCUAAAUAUAGUUCCAAAAUUCAAGAAAAUGAUAUGCUGAAUAUAAGUUUUAGCUCUAUAGAUGAUGAAGAUCUUAUUCUCAACAUAUUAAUUUUAUUAGAAGAAUUUAUUAACAAAAAUAGAUCAAUAAAAAUAAGUGAUUUUACUCAAUUUGAAAUUAAAGGGAUGAUAAAGGUAUUUCAAAAAGCAAAAGAAUUUAAUGUGUUUAAUGCAUUUUAAAAAAAGUCUUUAACAUUUGUUUUGAUAGUUUAAAACAUUAAAUUAAUAUCCUUUUAUUUAAAUGAUUAAUUUGAUUGUUUAGAUUUACAAACAUCCUAAAAUUCUUAAGAUUCAUUUUGUAUUGAAUUACAAGAAGAUUAAAUCCAGGAAAAUAAAUUAAUUGAUUUUGAAAAAUCAAGAGAAUCACAAUAGAAUAUUUUAGUAGAUUAAAAUAAAUUAAAACAAUUAUCCAAUUAAAAUAUAUAAUCAACAUAAGAAUUUAAUAGAUUUGAAAAAAUGGAAGAUUUUACUAUUAAAAUUUUAAUUUUGAGAUUGAAUGAAUUAUGUAUUCCAUUUCCAGAAUUAUUGAAAAAAAUCAAGUUAACUUAUAAGAGCAAAGAUUUUGCAAUUUUAGAUUAAAAAGGAAUGUUAACAAUUUAUCCAGAUUUUGAAGUAAUCAAAUAAAUUUGUGCUCUUCCUUAAAUGCAAAAAUUUUCAUAAGAAUUAUAAUUACCAAUGCUUUGUUAAUUUGUUCCUAAAAAGAUUAAACAAGUUAUAAUUUAGAAAUAUCAACAUUAUUAAUAUAAAUCUAUAUUAAAUGCAAUGGAAGAUAUGAUAAUUGUAAUAAAAAAUAAAUAAUAUGAUUGUUUUGAAGAAUUGUUAAAAAUUUAUAGAGAUCAAAAAUUUAAUUAAUUUUUAUAAUCGAUUUGGAAUAUUUGUGGAGAUUAAAUUUAAAGUAUUUUAUAAAAUAAAGUAGAUGGAUAAAAAUUAUUUAAUGAAUUUGGAAGUAAUAUUUUAAAAGUUGGAACUAUUCUUUUUGAAAUUAAGUAGAAUAUAGGUAAUAAAGGAGAUUUGAAUUGCAAUUAAAUAGGGGCUAAAAAUAUAAGAUAAAUUUGUAUAAAAUAAAAUAAUUAAUCUCCAUUGUUAAAAAUAUUUUUUGGCAGAUUAAAUAAAGUUUAAAAAGCAUUUCCUUUAAUGCUUAAAUUACUUCAUUAUUCUAAUUUUAAUGUUAUCUUAGUCAAUCGAAAAUUUUGCUUAGAAGAAAUUGCUCAAACAAAAUUGUUUAUUGAAUUUAUGAAAAAUAAAUUUAAUUAUGAUAUUGAAUAGUAAAAGCCUUCUGAAAGAGUUGAACUAGUUUUUUUUACUAAUAAAUUUAUUAUUGAACCAGAAUCAUCAGAGACUUGGCCUAAAAUCAUUUUAUAAUAACUUCAUUUAAUUUAUUAAAAAAGAUUAAAAUAUGAGUAAGUUAUAAGGGAUGCAGUUGAGACUAAAGCUUAUAAAUAAAAUAUUAAAGAGUUAAGUGCAAUAUAGGAAUAAUAAGAUGUAAGGGCAAAAAUUAAAGAACUAUUAAUUUUGAUUUAUGAUUUUAUUAUUAAAAACUAAAAUUGA